GCAACAAAAGACUGGGAAUGCUCAAAAGACACCUGUUCGGAACAUUUCACAGGUGAACAGGUUAAUUGAGUGUCAUGAUUGGGUGUAAAAGGAGCAUCUCCGAAAGGCUUAGUUCACAAGCGAGCAUGGGUUCAGCAGUUUGUGAAGUUCAAACUCUACCAUGCAAAGCGAAAGCCAUACUGUAUAUCAACAAAACCUGGAAACACCACCGGCUUUUCUGGUUCCGAGCUCAUCUGAGGUGGACUAACGCAAAGUUGAAAAGUGUGCUGUGGUCUGACAAGUCCGCAUUUCAAAUUGUUUUGGGAAAUCAUGGAUGUCGUGUCCUCCGGACCACAGACACAUUGUUAUCAGUGCAAAGUUAAAAAAGCCAACAUCUGUGAUGGUAUGGGGGUGUGUUAGUCCCCAUGGCAUGGCUAACUUGCACAUCUGGGAAGGAACCAUUAAUGCUGAAAGUUACAUACAGGUUUUGGAGCAACAUAUGCUGCCAUCCAAGCAACGUCUUUUUCAGGGACAUCCCUGCUUAUUUCAGCAAGACAAUGCCAAGCCACAUUCUGCAUGUGCUACAACAGCAUGGCUUGGUAGUAAAAGAGUGCGAGUACUAGACUGGCCUGCCAGCAGUCAAGACGUGUCUCCCAUUAAAAAUGUGUGGCACAUUAUGUAGGGCAAAAUACGACAACGAAGACCCCAAACUGUUAAGCAACUGAAGUUGUACAUCAAGCAAGAAUAGGAACGAAUUCCACCUACAAAACAAUUGGUGUUCUCAGUUCCCAAACGCUUAUUGAAUGUUGUUAAAAAAGAAAGGUGUUGUAAAACAGUGGUAAAUAUGCCCCGGUCUCAGCUUUAUUGAAUAUGUUGCAGGCAUCAAAUUUAAAAUGAGUGAAUAUUUGAAAAAAAUAAAUAAACUAUUCGCUUGAACAUUAAAUAUCUUGUCUUUGUAGUGUAUUCAAAUUAAUAUAGGAUGAAACAGAUUUGCAAAUCAUUGUAUUCUGUUUUUAUUUACAUAUUACACAAUGUCCCAACGUCAUUGGAAUAGGGGUUUUUAGAACUCAACCAAAGAACCCACUAGAACCCAACCAAUGAAUAAUGUAUAACCCAAUUGAAGAAACAAUGAGCGGAAACCAAUUGAAGAACCAAAUAGAAUCCCACAAAAGAACAAAAAGAACUUCUAAAGAACGCGCUAGAUCCCAACCAAUGCAAACCCCAAAGACCCAACUAAAACCCUACCAAAGAACAAUUUACAACCCACCUUAAGAAAAAAUUAGGACCCAAGCAAAGAAACAAUUAAGUCCAAGUAAAAAAACAACGACAACCAAGACCAAGAACCAACUGGAACCUAACCAAAGAAAUAAUUACAAUCCAACUAAUUAAAACAUUUGACAAUUGAGCAGAAUUCCAUUUUUAAAUUAUUUACAAUAAAGAGUUAGACUCAGUACAAGUUCACAUUGCUCCCAUAAGAAAUCAUUCAAAUUUGACUUUUCUAUUACUUUAUGUUGUACAUCACACACCUGCUGCACUCUUAUUGGGACGGAAGGGGCAGGUGGUUGUUUUAGGGGCUCUGGGUGGUCUGCAUUGGUUGUGUGGUCCCUUGGCUCUAGGAGGGGAAAAAUAAAAGAUAAAGAAAGAAAAGCUUACGAUCAAGGCCAACUAUAAAAAGUCACUCCAUUUUUUUUCCUGGAGGUAUUUUAAUUGUUCCCUGGAGUAUGUGUGUGUGUGCGCAUGUGUGUACGUAUGUGUGCUUAUCAUCCGUGUGGUUAUUAAUACAACAGUGAGAUAAAGAAGAGGCAGCACACUCACAAGCAGGAUGAAGCUGUGCAGCAUUUUCACUUUUUACUGUACAAGACAAAUUGUUAAUGGCAUUGUUCCAUAAACCUGUAUAUGUAUAUUAUGUACUGAUAAACAAGAAUACUGCCCUACAUUUUGUGUGAAAAAAGUCUGAACGUGGUAUUGUACUUGACUUUGAUACACACAAACAAUUUAAAUGGACGAAGACUUUACAAGCCAACUUUUAAAUCCUGUAUGUAAACAUUUGAAGCACUGACUUUUAUCCGCUUAUAAAGAGGCUUCCUGUAAACAGAGAUGCAGGGUGCCAAACAACAAAUGAUCAUGUUAGAAAAAGCACAAAAGAAGAACAAGAAGAAAAAAGAAGCACAACAGGAGAGCAACACCUAAAACAAAGACAACAAAAAGAAGAACAACAAGAAAUACAACAACUAGAACAAAAACAACAAAGAAUAUCAACAAGAAACUAUACAAAAGAAUGCGAACGAUAACUAGAACAACACAAACCAGAACUAAAACAAAACAACAAAAAGAACAACAAAAUGAAUAAGAGCAAGGAUAAAAGUAAAAAUAACAUGAACAAAAAAAAGUACAGUAGAACAAAACCAACAAAAAGAAGAAUGAAAAAGAACAGCAAGUAUAACAUGAACAAGGUUAAGAAUAAGAAAAAAAACGAACAGCAACAAAAGGAAGAAAAAGAACAAGGAAAAGACGAACAGCACGUCAAAGAAAAAGAACGACAAGUGAACAAAAACGAGAAAAAGAACAAGAAAGAUGGAAUAGAAGAACAACAAGAACAAGAAGUAGAACAAAAAGCAACAAAAAAGCAAAACAAGAUUUAGAACAAGGAAGAAAAAGAAGUAGAACAGGAACAGCGUACAAAAACAGACUACAAGACCGACAAAUAUAUAGAACAACAAGAACACGACAAAAAGAAGAAAAGAACAAACAAGAUGAACAAUGCUGCAACCCCAAAAAGAAAAACAAAGUUGUUUUUUUUUUAAAUGUAGAACUAGCGUGUGAGUGUAAAUAUUUACAAUCACACACACACACACAGAUCACAUGACACCCCCACCCCUCACCCUCCAUACCCCCACCUUCUUUCUGUCUUUCCCAAAAGCUUGGUCCAUGAGACUUUUUGUGAUUGGUCCCUCCCUUACCAACCUCCUCCCUGCCUUCCCACUUUGGGAGCUCGUGGUAGUCCUCAUACCUCAUCAGGAUCGUGGACUCCCUCGCACCCGUGCCCGCCAUGGGGUCUUGAGAGCGGGUUGGGGAGCUUGAUGAUGAUGAUGAUGAUGACGAUGAUGACGAUGCUCCAGACCUCCACGCCUUUCUCCGUCAAAGACAUCCUAAAAGCUGGACAACAGUACCCCCCCGUCGCCACGGUCCACUACCGCAGGCCCCCGCCACCCUCCUGCAUGCUGUCCCGGGACAGCCCCCCGGCGCCUCCGGCCCCGCCGCCGCCCUUCUCGGACCCCGGGCGCUCGGUGUUCCUCGGAGCACUGGAGGAGGACGAGGACGAGGAGGAAGACGGCGCGGUGGAUAGCGGACUGACACCGGACGGGUACCCGCACCGGGGGGGCCCACAGGGGCCCGAGGGGGAGGCCCCCGAUGGCAUGGAUGAGCCGGAGAGCAAACUUGGCGGUCCGUCGUCCCGGGACGACGGCUCCUCCUCGGAGGGCGCCCGGCCGACGAGUCAGCCGAAGCCGCGCAGCCGUCGCCGGCCCCGGGUGCUCUUCUCGCAGGCUCAGGUGCUGGAGCUGGAGCGUCGCUUCAAGCAGCAGCGCUACCUGUCGGCGCCCGAGCGCGAGCACCUGGCGUCGGCUCUCAGGCUCACCUCCAACCAGGUCAAGAUCUGGUUCCAGAACCGUCGCUACAAAUGCAAACGUCAGCGGCAGGACAGGACCCUGGAGGCGGCCGGCCAGCACCACCAAGCUCCGCUUCCGCCGCUGAGGCGCGUGGCCGUGCCGGUGCUGGUCCGCGACGGGAAGCCGUGCCUCGGCGGCGGGGGAGGUGGCUCGACUCCCGGCUACCCGAGCGCCGCGGCGCCGUACGGUUACGCGGCGGGGAGCUACCCGGCUUACGUGUACGGGGGCCCGGCGUAUCAGAGCAACUCCAGCUGCGCGUACGGUGGCCUGCCCGGAGCCGGGGCCGGACCCGGCUCCGCCUCGGCCUGCCCCAGCGCCUUCGUCAACUUGGGCGGCCUGCAGGGGCCCUCGGCGCCGGCCCACAACCACCAGGGAGGCGCGCCGUGCCAGGGCAUCCGGGCCUGGUAGAAAAUAGAACCUCGUUAAUGAGCUCAUUAAAAAUAGGACUGAUGACGUCAUGGUGUGGGAGAGGACUCGUGAUGCUUUUUUAAAGUUUUGAAACACUUGUUUUUGUUGUUGCUUUGGGUUGCGGAGACUUUCACAAUGAUUCCAAUAAAGAAGAAAAUACAACAAAAUGGCGCAUGGUUUAGUUAUUGGACUUGACUUUUAUAUGUAUAUAUUUUUUUAAGUCAAAAUAAAUCAUACACCACCAUG